AUGGCUUACCUGCUAUCCAACAGUUCAGAUUCACUGUUCGGUCCCGCAUACGAGGGUCCGUCCAGGAGCUUUGAUUUUACAGUCCUCUUUGAAGACACAAUUCUCACUAUCCUCCCUGCGGCCCUCUUCCUUGUCUCUGCCACUGCAAGGGCAGCGUGGCUGACAAGCAAACCGAAUAAGGUCAAUACCUCCUUGGGCCGGUUAACCAAGCUUGUACUCCUGUCCGCAUUUGUCACAGUACAACUGACGGUGCUUCUCGCUCGAGCAACAAAUUCCGAGGUAGCAACAAAGGCUUCUGUUGCAGCAGCCGCACUUGACUUUGCAGCAUCGUGCGUACUUUUUGUUCUGUCGUGCUUCGAGCACUCGCGUUCAGUAACACCUUCCACCAUCAUUGGGCUCUACUUGAUCGUUUCGUUGCUGUUUGGUGCUGUCCAGCUGCGGACCUUCUAUCUGCUCCGUGGAUAUGCCGCCAAAAGCAUUGCUAAUCUGUUGUCCCUGUCGCUGGCGAUAAAACUGGGAGUCUUGGUCACUGAAGCGGUCGAGAAGCGUGGAAUACUCCUGGAACCAUAUCGUGAUCUUCCUCUGGAAGCCACUAGUGGUAUCUAUAACAAAUCCGUGUUCUGGUGGCUAAACCCUCUUCUAAGGCUGGGGUUUAGCAAGACUCUGAGAGUUGACGACCUGUAUAACCUGGAUGACAAGCUGACGUCUGUAAAUGUCGCUGCACGUUUCAGACGAGCAUGGGAAGAUACCAAAGGACAUCACCGGUUCACCCUCUGCUUCGUGUCGGCCUAUGUUCUGAGAUGGCAACUUUUGGUCUCGGCUUGUCCUCGCCUCUUCCUCAUAGGUGCCAAAUUUGCGCAGCCAUUCCUGGUUCAGCAAACGAUUCAGUAUGUUUCCAACCGCAACACUCAGACGGCCGCUGUCGGGUGGGGACUGACAGGAGCAUACUUCCUGGUCUAUCUCGCUCAAGCUAUUCUGGAGGCCAUGUCUCGUCAUCUUCUUAAUCGUUGUGUUACCCAAGUUCGUGGCGGGCUGGUUUCUCUGCUCUACCAAAAAUCACUUGAGCUCAGCAUCGUCACAGUCGACCCGUCAGCGUCUUUGACCUUGAUGUCAUCCGAUAUACAGAGGAUUGUUGAUCCACUCGUGUUUGUGCAUACCACCUGGGCCAGCAUUGUCGAAGUUUCAAUCGCCAUAUAUCUGCUGUAUCAGCGCCUGGGCAGUGCGUGCUAUGCUCCAGCGAUUGUUUAUGUCCUCUCGAUGCUGGGGACCGCCUGGGUGGUCAAAGUCAUUGGUCGGUAUCAAAAGCGAUGGCUGAACGCAGUCCAGACUCGUGUUUCGUUCACGUCGGCUUUGCUACAUUCUAUAAGGAACGUCAAACUCCUCGGCAUGUCAUCGAUCAUCAGGGAUCGCACUCAAGGACUUCGACAGUGGGAGAUCAGCGAAUGCAAAAAGUAUCGUAUCAUCAACAAUUAUCAAGUUCUCAUCCAAAAUGGACAUAUCGUUUUCGCACCCUUUGCAACUUUCCUGGUCUACUACAUCAGGUCUCGCAACACCGGAGAAGCCCUCGAUAUAGCGACCGCGUUCAGCAUCUUAACCAUAUUCCGCUUGAUUGAAAGCCCCAUGCAGAAUCUGUUGUACAGCUGUCCUCAAUUAGCAAGUUCGCUUUCAUGCUUCGAACGGAUACAGCAAUAUUUACUCUCUAACUCUCGCCACGAUAAUCGGCUUUCAUUGUUGAACCACGAUAAUUCGGACGGGCACUGGGCCGGGUCUACUGUGGGCACUGAGGCUUUCGAGAUGAGCCGGUUGCGAAGUGCUGGCAGUAGCACUGUAGAAGAGGCUUUAGUUCUCAAAGAUUGUUCUUUUGGUUGGACUGAGCAUGGUCCGCCUGUUGUGCAGGAUAUCGAUCUAUCCGUCCAUGCCGGCAGCGUCACCAUGAUCGUUGGCCCCGUGGGUUGUGGAAAAUCCACUUUGGUCAAGGGUAUUUUGAGCGAAACCCCGGUAUCUCAUGGGUUUGUUUAUGUUCAGAAUCAGUCUGUCGCCUUUGCUGAUCAGGAGCCUUGGAUCCAGAAUGGCACGAUCAGGGACACCAUUCGCGGCCCGGAUUCAAGGAAUAUCCCAUACGAAGGUGACUCCUGGUACCACGAGGUCAUCGAUUGCUGUGGACUAGGGGAGGAUAUCUCCGUCCUUGCAAAGGGUGACCAAACAUUGAUCGGUUCCAAAGGUAUUUCCCUGAGCGGUGGACAAAAACAGCGACUUGCUCUCGCUAGAGCUGUCUAUUCCAGGGCAUCCAUCCUUGUGCUUGACGACGUCUUCUCAGGCCUCGACAACGACACGGAGGAAUUGAUAUUCAAGAAACUCUUCAGUCGUUCCGGACCGCUGAGACGGCAGAACACCACGGUUAUUUUGGUUACACACGCUGUGCAUCGUCUUCCACAUGCAGAUUGCAUUGUGAGUCUCGAUGUGAAUGGUCGAAUCUGCGAACAGGGCAGCUAUCCCCACCUGGUAAGUCAACGUGGCUACGUCCAUAGCCUUGACGUUCAAUCGAGAAAGGAGCAUCGACGUCCCACGCAAGAAGAAGUCGAGUCCUCCCCCGAGGUUGGAACAUUCCUUAAAGUGUCCACGGGAUCGCAAACUGUCGAAGAGGAGAAUGAAAAUGCUCAAGAUCUCAUGCGAAGGACCGGAGAGUGGUCCUCAUACAAGCAUUGGUUUCGUGCCUGCGGCUAUCUUUCGAGCUUGCUCUCUCUUGUCUGGGCAUUUCUCUUCGUCAUUGCCAGCCAGGCACCAGGCGUGUUGGUCAAAGCAUUCCCGGGCGACACUCCUUCGCAAGCGACCAUAUUCAUCAUCAUCUUCGGCAUAGCAUGCAUCAUUGCCGCAAUAGCCAUCGUGCUCCUGGUGAUUCAAAUCCUUCUCAACAUGCAACCGAAAAGCUCUAGCAACCUCCACCUGAGCCUUCUGGAAGCAGUCCUGAACGCGCCGUUAUCCUUCUUCACACGCACCGACAUUGGAUCUGCCACGAGCCGAUUUGGCCAGGACAUGGCACUUGUCGACUCCGAGCUGCCAUUCUCAUAUGCCGACUUCGUGCUCUCUUUCGUAUCCUGUGUUGCCGGGCUUGGACUGAUGGCUGCCUCUGGCACGGGAUAUUUUGCUGCCACUAUUCCCUUCGUCCUCGCGGCCAUGUAUGGAAUCCAAAAAUACUAUCUGCGAACGAGCCGCCAAAUGCGGCUUUUGGACCUGGAGGAGAAGGCCCCGCUGUAUACCCUGUUUGGCGAGACGGCCGCCGGACUGGCCAGCGUUCGUGCUUUUGGCUGGGCAGAUAAGUUCGCCGAGCGAAAUCUGGAGCUCCUGGAUCGAAGCCAACGGCCAUUCUAUUUAAUGUACUGUAUCCAACAGUGGCUCGGGGUCGUCUUGGAUCUCUUGGUGACGGGGCUUGUGACAAUACUGAUGGUGAUUAUUGUGGCGAAGAGGGAAUCCAUCGGGCCGGGCCUCGUGGGACUGGGUCUAUUGAGCACGGUCAAUCUGAGCAGCAACUUGACAAACUUGGUCCGGUGUUGGACCAUGUUGGAGACUAGCAUCGGUGCCAUCAGCCGCCUGAGGGAUUUUGUCACGAAUAUCGAAUCCGAGCACAAGGCGUGGGAAGUCGAGCAGGUGCCGACCCAAUGGCCAGAGCACGGACAAUUGAACUUCACGGGGUUUGGAGCCAGCUACUCGGAGGACUCUAUGCUGGUUCUGAAAGACAUCAAUUUGGAAGUGCGACGUGGUGAGAAGUUGGGCAUCUGUGGGCGGUCGGGAAGUGGCAAGAGUUCAAUGCUGGCCAGUCUCUUCCACCUGCUCGAGUUUCGCAGUGGACAGAUCCAGAUCGACGGGGUCGACAUCUCUCGUGUUCCGCGCGAGACACUCCGCGCGAAGCUCAACGUGAUUCCACAGGAACCGUGGUGGGUGACGACCGAGUCUGUGCGGUUCAACAUGGACCCGUGGACGGCUGCAAAUGCACCAGAACCCGGAAAUCCCUCCAGCCGUCGUGACUGCGACCGCGACCGCGACGCAAUCUUCAUCGCGACACUAACACAAUGCCAAAUCUGGUCCGUCAUCCAAGAAAAAGGCGGCCUCGACGCGACCAUGACGCCCGACUUUCUCAGCCACGGCCAGCGCCAGCUCUUCUGCCUCGCCCGCGCCAUGGUGCGGCAGAGCAAAGUUGUCGUGCUGGACGAGGUCAGCGCAAACGUCGACGUCAAGACCGACUGGCUCAUGCAGCGCAUCAUCCGCGAGAGGUUCCGCGACUGCACCGUCAUCGCCGUGGCGCAUCGGCUGAACACCAUCGAGGACUCGGACCGGGUCGCCGUCCUGAGCCAGGGCAGGGUGGUCGAAGUGGGCGAGCCGAGAGCCUUGCUCGGAGCCGAGAAGAGUUGGUUCAAGGAUCUAUACGAGUUGCGAGAAUGA